GCAUAAAUCAGAAACCACAGUGCGUGGAUAUGGGGAGUGCGUGUCUUCUUCUCAUUCGAAGUUUUCUGUGCAGAGAUAUGGCAAAACCGCGCUUUUUGAUUUCGACGAUUCCUCUGUGUCUGUCAGUACAACUCCCGUGAAGUUAGAAUUGGAGUGAAUGCUAAGUUGACCUCACUAACAGGUUUAGGUUGCGUUCAUUAUUGGUUGUUAUUAUAACUAACAAUUGCUCUGACCUUGGAAAUUGGAAUGAAAUAACCUUCGUUUUUACUUAAAACAUCUUUCCUCACUCUCAAAAGCAGGGUUGAGUGGAUGUGCAAUGUCAUAAGGGUAGUCUCAAGGCUCUGUUUGGCUUCCAGUUUGAAAUGCUUACACAUCAUGGCUGUAUCUAAUCUUUUUGUUUUUAUACAAACAUCAAUGUCCAUUGAAGCACAACCAUUUAUAAUCAUUUCUCCACCUGCCAAAUAGUCCACAUUUUAGAAAUUGUGCUUGUCCUUUUACUAGAUGAUGCUUGUAUAUAGUAUUGGUACCUUAUCCCUUAGCUCAGACAAGUGCCCAAGAAAUGCGUGAAUCAAUUGAAACCCAUUAUUCUUUUCUAUGAGGUACCACCAGCUAUCGAAAUUUUCUCUCCAAAACUCUUGAUUAUGAGCAGUGUAAGAUUUUUCAUGCAAAAGAUGCCGCAGGUUGUCAUUUCUGGGCAGAAUAGCAAGUCCUUUGUCAAUGUUAGACUAGACACACAGAAAAAAGUUAAGUCUAGAAUUUCCCAUGUAGUUUUCAGCCUGGUUCCUAGGCACAGUCAUGGCAAUCUAUGUUUUGGUGGGACAAAAGUUGAACCUCUAGUAAAAAUCAGGCACACAUUCUUCCCUAGUAGGAUAAGAGUUGCUGAAGAAUAUCAAGAAGGUUUGUCUGAUGAAGAUGAUGAUCUCUGUCCCGUUGAAUGUGUAAGAGAAUUCACCACUGAUGAAGAGUUCAGCAAAAUUCUGGACAAGGCUAAAGAAACUGGAUCUUUGGUUGUGGUGGAUUUCUUUCGCACCUCUUGUGGAAGCUGCAAGUAUAUAGAGCAGGGUUUUGCAAAACUGUGCAAGAAAUCUGGUGAUCAUGAAGCUCCGGUAAUCUUCCUAAAGCAUAAUGUAAUGGAUGAGUACGAUGAGCAAUCCGAGGUUGCUGACCGACUUAGAAUCAGGGCCGUGCCUCUUUUCCACUUCUACAAAGAUGGUGUCCUGUUGGAAGCAUUCCCAACCAGAGACAAAGAUAGGAUUGUUGCCGCCAUACUCAAGUACUCAUCUCUUGAAAGAGAAGAUAUCUUAGGUUAACUUCAAGGGAUGGUAUGGUCACGGCACCCUCCGAGACAGUGGUGCACUGCAGGGAAAUUAGUCAAGUAUUGUACGUGACAAAGUUCGUUAAACAUGUUGUAUACUCAAAAUAAUAAUACACUUCAGGGCUUGCCAACCUAAUUCACUUUGUUAGGAUACAAUAUUUGCUUGCAAAGUAUCUAGUGAAGAGUUUAAUGCUAACUAUGAUACUCCCUUCUCUUUCCCCAGAGGUCAUAAAUAAAAUUUUCUUUCUGCUUA